UUGUCUUCCGGCUCUGGUCUGGGCUGUAGGGUUUAAAUCUGGCGCGCUUCACUUGGAUUGGCUACACCCGGGAGUGGUUGGCUGUCUGCUUGCUGCCGCUCCUCCUCGCCUUUUCCCCGGGCAAAAGGUUUUCAAAUUCGACCAAUCGGCGGGCGCGUUCUUUCAGCUGAGGCGCGUCAUCGAAGGGUUAACCGCAGCCAACCGGAGGCGGGUAUUGGAGAAAAGAGCCAAUCAGGAGAACGCGGGGGUGCGCCCUGGGGGCUUAUAAGGGCGGCCCUUGGGCGCGCGCGGCAGCAGUUGGACUGCGGCGGACGGCUCUUCCGUAGUCUUUUGGGCAGCCCUCCUCUCCGUUCCUCUACCUCGCGCAGCAUGUCGGGCCGCGGCAAGACAGGCGGUAAGGCCCGCGCCAAGGCCAAGUCGCGCUCGUCGCGAGCGGGCCUCCAGUUCCCCGUGGGCCGCGUGCACCGACUGUUGCGGAAGGGACACUACGCCGAGCGGGUGGGCGCCGGCGCGCCGGUCUAUCUGGCGGCGGUGCUCGAGUACCUCACAGCCGAGAUCCUGGAGCUGGCGGGCAACGCGGCCCGCGACAACAAGAAGACGCGGAUCAUCCCCCGCCACCUGCAGCUGGCCAUCCGCAACGACGAGGAGCUCAACAAGCUGCUGGGCGGCGUGACGAUCGCCCAGGGAGGUGUCCUGCCCAACAUCCAGGCCGUACUGCUGCCCAAGAAGACCAGCGCCGCCGUGGGGCCGAAGGCGCCCGCGGGCGGCAAGAAGGCCACCCAGGCCUCGCAGGAGUACUGAGGGCGCCCGCGCCGCCGCCGCCCGGCCCCUCCCCUCGCCACCACAAAGGCCCUUUUAAGGGCCACCACUGCGCUCACGGAAAGAGCUGGGCCACGUCGGGCUCCGGGCCGGGCGGCCGCGCACUCGUCCCCUCCGCGGCCCCGCCGCCGCCGCGCGGCCUGCCCCUCCCCCGCGCGGCUCGCUCCAGCCGUGGCUCGGCGGAGGGCGGCCGUUUGAACGCCGUUCGGUGCCAGGAGCGAGCUCGUGACUCGGCCGGCCUGGCCCCCGAAUGCUGAUGGGCUGCGGGGAGGCCGCGGCACCUUCUAGAAGGCUGGGCCGGCCGCGCUGACGCAGGGCCGGGGCGCAUGGCGGGGAAGGUGAGUCGGUGCGGACGGCCGCCGGCGCCGGGUGCGUUCCCCACAAGCCCGGUGCUCCGGACGGGACUCGGUUGCCGGCGGCGGCGGC